GCUGCUUGUUUCACCAAAGAGAGAGCUUUGCUGAUUAGGUGUAAUAUGAGCCAGGCUUCAGCCUAACACGCUCACUCAGUUCUGUCCACACUGUUCUGUUCAUCCAGACAGAUUUAUCAUCCAACUGGGGAGCCUGUGGAGCACCCAGCUGAGGGGAAUACUGAUAAGUUUGCUGUUGCUGUAAGCAACUCCUGGGGGAGGGUGCUUUGUGAUGGAGGGGGAAUUCCUCAAAGGAAGCAGCCUGGAGGUGCCCAGUCAAGAUAACAGACUGAUGAAGAAGACUCAGCUCUUGGAUCGUGGCCAAUGGGCGAACAAGUUGGAGUUCCUGCUGGCUGUAGCAGGAACCCUGGUUGGGCUGGGAAACCUCUGGAGGUUCCCCUAUUUGUGCUACAAGAAUGGGGGAGGUGCAUUUCUGGUUCCAUAUGUCUUGUUUCUGCUCGCUUGCGGAAUCCCUAUGUUCCUCCUGGAGACGGCCAUGGGACAGUUCACAUCUCAGGGAUGUAUCACCUGCUGGAGGCACUUCUGCCCCUUGUUUGAAGGGAUUGGUUACGCUACACAGGUGGUGAUUGCAUAUGCGGCUGUGUCAUACAUCGUCAUCCAGGCGUGGGCCUUCUUCUACCUCUUCUCAUCGUUCAGUGCUGAAGUUCCUUGGGCCAGCUGCAGAAACACCUGGAACACAGAGUCUUGUGUUGAAUUUGACAAAACCAAUGUGUCCUCCAACUGGACAGCAAACGCAACGACACCUGCAACAGAAUUCUGGGAGAGACGAGUACUGGGUAUAUCUCAAGGGAUUGAGGAGAUUGGUAGCCUGAGGUGGGAGUUGGCCUUGUGUCUCUUACUUGCGUGGAUCUUGUGCUACUUCUGUGUUUGGAAAGGAGUGAGAUCCACUGGAAAGGUAGUUUACUUUACAGCCACUUUCCCCUACUUGAUGUUGGUGGUUCUGCUGGCUCGUGGACUAACUUUACCAGGAGCUAUGGAUGGCCUAGCAUUCUACCUGUAUCCUGACCCGACAAGGUUGGUGGAUCCUCAAGUUUGGAUGGACGCAGGUGCACAAGUUCUUUUCUCUUUUGGGAUUUGUCAGGGGAGUUUGACUGCUCUGGGUAGUUACAAUCAGUAUAACAAUGAUUGUUACAAGGACACGUUUGUUCUUUGUUUGGUGAACGGCGGGUCCAGUUUUGUGGCAGGAUUUGCAAUCUUUUCCGUUUUAGGCUUCAUGUCUUACGAACAAGGACUGCCAAUAUCUGAAGUGGCUGCUUCUGGACCUGGCUUGGCAUUUAUUGCCUAUCCACGUGCAGUAGCCAUGAUGCCUUUACCACAGAUAUGGGCUAUAUGCUUCUUCAUCAUGGUCAUCUUGUUGGGUGCAGAUACACAGUUUGUGAGUCUGGAGUGCCUGAUGACCUCAGUGACGGACAUGUUUCCCACUGUGUUUCGACGAGCUUAUCGCCGAGAGUUGCUGCUGCUUUGUCUCUGCUCCGUUUGCUUCUUCCUCGGCCUCCUUCUCGUCACAGAGGGGGGCUUGUACUUCCUUCAACUCUUUGACCAUUAUGUUUGUAGUGGCAACAAUCUUCUCCUUCUUUCAGUGUGUCAGUCAAUAGCAAUUGGUUGGAUAUACGGUGCAGACCGUCUCUAUGACAACAUUGAAGACAUGAUAGGUUAUCGUCCGUGGCCGCUGAUGAAGAUUUGCUGGCUCUACAUUACCCCUGCUGUUUGUCUGGGUACCUUCAUCUUUUCAGUGGUGAGGUAUAAGCCUCUCAAGUUCAACAAAACGUAUGUAUACCCGACCUGGGCCUACGCUUUGGGCUGGUUUCUUGGACUGUUCUGUGUCCUCCUGGUUCCUCUGUGGAUCAUCUUCAAAGUUACUCAGAUGAAAGGGACGAUAUGGCAGAACCUCAGGCAGCUUUGCCACCCUGAGAACAAGCCGCACAACACUGAAAAGCAACCUGAGCAAUACCCUCUGAACCCAGACAACUCUCUUACUCCUGCUGCCAAUGAAUACAAGGGAAGUAGUGGAUCUGAGAUGGAGAUGCAAGUGUGAGGCACUGGACAUUUUUGCUAAUCUUUUAAAUGCGUUUUUUUUUUUUUUAAACUCUAGGUUUUUCAAGCUAAAUGUUUUUAAGAAAUUAUGAUGAUGCUGGGUUAACAUAUCAUUUCUGCAACUGCAGAGUAAGCAGGAAGUCUCGUGUCACUGUGCUGAGACCAACAAACAGAGAAUUGAGAGGCCAGGGUUUAUAAAGUUUUUAAAAUCUAUUUUCAAUGAAAGCAAACCUUUAAUACGUGUUAUUAAGCUAAAUCACUGUUUUCAUGUUCCAGUAUCACACCUCUGUAGAGGAUUAGGACACUGGUCCAGAUAUUCACUGUCAUGGUUCAUUAAUGUGUUCAUUCAUUCAUUCUUUGCUUUUGCCAUAUCACUGCUGUCAUUCCAGACCCUGCCACACUCUCUCCUGCCCUGCAGCUUUCCUACCUUUUAUCCACCUGAUUAUCCGCCUUACUCACUUUGACCUGCUCAUCUGUUCUCAAUUCUCUUGUCAGCCCUUAGUUAUUUACACCAGCCCUUUUCCACUCACUCCCACUCAGACUGUGUACUGCACAUUCCAUGCUGUAGUUUUCCAGCUGUCCUUGCCUGUUUUUGACCACCUGCCCAUUUUUGGGAUUUUCGUUUUGGCUUGUACCUUUUGUCUGAUUAAUCUGCCUGUUACCGAACUCUGCCCACACAGCCGACUUUGCCUACUGUUUGCCCUUGUCCAGUAACUCCUUGGCUGAGCCUUAAUAAAGGUGAACUGUUCUGAA